UUGGCCUGCUCAGGUCUAAAUUGUAGCAUUGCAGCGUCGAGUUCGUUAGGUAGCUCAGGUGCCCAUCGUGCAUGGGCUUGGCUAGAUGUCAUGACCAGUGACAUAUCAACUUAACAACCGCCUAGCCUCCCUUUUUACCUACCCUGUUCACCUCCUCACCGACUCCUCUACCUCCCAAGUAGGAGUCUGAUGUCAGGAAUGGCGACAGAUUCCUUGAAAGCCCUAAUUACUAACAUUCCCGACUGGCUUAAACGCCUCGAGGAGCUCAAUGGACAAAUCGAUCAGCGCCAGCAGGAUCUGGCUAUGCUACCUGAGAACCAACCCAAGUCAUCAGCUCGAUCUAUUAGGAAUAAGGGAUCAACAGAAUCCCUAAGACCGAGGGAUGAAGGCGCACCCGGCCAGAUACUAGACACGAUACGCGUCUCGACGCCACCUCCCCUAGCCCCGAAUGAAACUCGACAGCUAAACAGCGGUGCUGAGGUACCCUCGAGUCCCGUGAGUGAGCCGCGAUCGAACACCUCCCUUCAACGUCAGACCAACGAGGUCAUGGCAACGGCACAGCGACGAGCGCGCGCCGUUGUUCGGAAGAAGCCGAAGACCGAAUCUAUGAUGAGCACCGAGAACACUAUCCAAAAUUACAGGUCACGGAAUAUGAUCAUCGUAUACUACGACAGCUACGUACAGUCAUUCUUUGAGGAGUUAGUCAAGUUCGUGUCGAUGCAGCGCAAUGCCAUGCGUAAAGCCAAGAUGGCUGCCAAAGUGGCCCGCAUCAGACGUUUAGCCGAGAUUGAGAUGCCCGAUGAUGACGAGGAGGAGGACAGACCGGGUAGUGGGAAUGGUGAACUGAAGCCCAGGGAUAAUCUCAUCGCCAUCGCCGCCGACGCCACAGCCCUACAAGCUAAGGAAGAGUCGGCGGAAGAUAUUAAGCUCCGCUUCAAAAGUACUCGACAGAUGGGACCACGAAACGUGGUUGCCGGUAGGGUGAGUGCGCGGGUGACCCGAUCAGGUCUUAAUGGCGGACUAGGCGCAUUCCAGGAUAGGGGCGAUAUCUGGGAGGAGCUGGACAAAGGCCUCGAGUUCGUCCAGGGUAUGUGUGAACAAGGAGCACAUCAAUUUCUUCGAGACGGUGACUGCGCCGAAGAGAUCGAGAAGAUUAAAGCGCGCCUUGCGUUGACGAGGGAGGCUGCCGACAAGGAACUAGCACGUUCUGAAAAGGAAAACACUCCCGAGCUAGCCUCGCCCUGGCCCAUCCAGUCCCGGAGUUAUCGCCCCACAACGAUGCGGAAGAGUAUGGGCGCGCCGGCAUUAAAGACAUCUCCUAAGCAAGAAGUUGUCAAGCAAAAUGUUAUUGAAGUGGAGGACGAAGGGGUACAGGAUAUGGACGACUACCAGCCGAUCUCCAAACCGACAGAGCAAAUAGAUGGACCCACGUCUUAGAAUGACGAGGUCCCUUUGCUUUGUUAUUCUUCAUGCGCAUUAAGCAGUCUCCCUACUACUAUUACCUACCACCGUCGUUUACGUAUAUACAAACCACAUCUCAACCAUUCAAAAUUGUUUGCUCGCAUGCAGCAUCGCGACGGAGUUGGCUUACAGAGAAUGACGGCUUUAUUGGAUGCUAUUGCGACAGGACUAUAUACUUCCCCCUAAAUUAUGAGAUGCCAUCUUGAAAAUUAUAUAUAGUUUUCUAUUUACUCGUGUGGGGUGCGGACAGAUAAAAAAGCAUGCACAUAUUUUGAGUCUUAAAAUGUGCUUGGAGUUGGAUAUAGGGGAAAGUUUUGAUAUUUAACAUCAACAGCCCAGACGGGGUUUGAAUACAUUUGGGAUCACUCUACUAUGGUGCCUACCUGCGCCUUUCACGACUUUACGGGACUCACGGCAGCGAACAAAAU